AUGGCAUGUUCCUUGUGGAAACUACACACCUUCUGCUGGUUUCUCAUCACUCUAGCUCAAGUGCAAUCCACAGAGGGAUUUAGUCGAGCCGCCCUGCCGUUCGGCUUAGUACGCAGAGAACUGUCUUGCGAGGGUUACCCCAUUGAUCUGCGGUGCCCAGGAAGUGAUGUCAUCAUGAUUGAAAGUGCCAACUACGGCCGAACGGAUGACAAGAUCUGCGACGCCGAUCCUUUCCAGAUGGAAAACACCAACUGCUAUCUUCCGGACGCCUACAAGAUCAUGUCCCAAAGGUGCAACAAUCGGACCCAGUGCAUUGUGAUCACGGGUUUAGAUGUCUUCCCUGACCCCUGCCCAGGGACCUACAAGUACCUGGAGGUCCAGUAUGAGUGUGUUCCCUACAGUAAGUAUGACCCCUCUGUCAUGAAUUGA